UUGGAAAUUGUAAUCACUUAUUUAUCAUUAAAAAGCACACCUUUUGUUAAAUAAUGUCGAAGUUUUUAAAAGGUAUUUUCGGCGGGAAUAAAUCAAAAAAGAAUAAACCCGAAAACAAUCAAAAGACUAACACAAAAAUUGAGAAUGAUGAUCAAAAUAUAGAAGAAAACGGUGAAGUGUUGGAAGGGCUCCCACCAUCUAUGACGAGGAGAUUAUCUCUUUCAAAAAGUGGAAGGAUGAAGGAAAAAAAGCGAGUGAAAAUGUCCAUCCUUGAAAAUCAAGAAUCCAAACAACCUGCUGAUGAUAUCCAAGAACCUUUAAACACCUGUGAAAGUGACAUUUUUGAUACUCAAGGAAUAAUUGAAAUAGCUAAUUCUAGUCAAAAUAUUCAUAAACUUAAUUAAUGCUUUUUUAAAGCUGUGAUAUUUUAUUAGUUAUAUUAAUUUUUUUAUUUAUCUAUGUGUAUAAUGUCUAUAGAAAAAUCAUAUUUUUCUUUUUAGACAGAAACUAAUCCAAAACA